ACAGUGGAGGAGUAAGGAGUCUCACUACCAUGAGGCAAGGGAUAUUCUCCCAGACCUCAGAGAGUAUGAUAUAAGAAAUCUUCACCCCAACACCUGGUAUGAGGCGAGGGUACUAGCAGCCACAGAGGCCGGAUACCCACCCCACAACGAACGCUUUUCCUGGGAAAAUAUCAAGAUGCCAAAGGUGGAUCGCAACCCACAACAUCCGGACAAGCAUAUCGAUUUUCAUCUCUCGGUCUUCAGUGACAAGCCGACGGAUAUUCUAGUGGAAUGGUCUCUAGCUCCUGCUCUACGGCCAGACGUCUUCACUUACGAAGUGGUGUACAACAGCACUGCUGAGACUACGUACCACAACAACACAGAAGCCUCCGCUACUUCCCUUGUCCUCGGUAACCUGGAACCAGACACGUGUUACACUGUGAAGGUGGAGCCUCACUACAAGGACAGACACGAGAGAGUUGGUGAAAGGCGCACUGGGCGCACUAUCUGUACUCUGGUACCUGAUCCAACCAAUCUUCCGCCACUUGAAUAUACAGACAAGAUUGGCAUCAAGAAAGUUAAGGUAAAGGUGUUAAACACAACGAGCAUCCUGGUCUCCUGGCGUCCCAAGGGUAAGAGAAUCACGCCGGAUUUCUUCACUGUAGAAGUCGCCAGUCUGGGACAACAGAGGAGUGAGAAAGCCUCUCCGUACACCAUAAACGGUGGUGGUUUAGGCCAGGACGUGGGUGAGGACGGAGUGGCCGAGCAUACAGCAAUUUAGGAGCCUCAGGUCGUAGCCCUAGGGAGCAAGAUGUGAGGGACGAUUACGGGAAGAGUUACCACGACGACUACGACA